CUAUCCUAAACGAGAAGCACUACAGGGACAUUGAAGAUCUCUUCAGAAAGUAUUUGCUGUAAAAUUGCAUUGUAUUUUUGCUUACUCUAUAAGCAUACCUAUUUUGAAGAAAGACUUAUACAUUUUUAAAUUAUCUUCUAUCUCUUGUACUGUUGAACAAAACUUUAAAGGUAAGCAGAUUUAAGACUUCUUUGGAAAUCUUUGUUUUGCGACUUUUAACUUCUAAAAUUGAGUUUUUUUUUUUACAACUAACACUUUUUAAAUAUCUUGCCUUAGAUGCAGAAGUAUUUUGGAGUAGUGUGCAUAUCACUAAUUUUGUGUGCAGCUCUGUCAGAAACAAUUGGAUUAGUGAUUGCGGUAGGUCAACAUUUUAUUGUAUUUGGCAAAAUGUUGUUUUAAAUGCUGUUAUUUUCUCGUUGUUUUAACUACAAGUAGGCUAUUGCAAGCAACAAUACUUGAACUUUUUUCCCUAUUACCUAGACAAAACACCAUAACAAGCAUUGAUAUAACCGAGUUCUUGCAUUAUAGUCAGGUCAAGCAAUUGGCAUUCAGAAAAUUAGAUAAAUUGUUGAGAAAACCGAUGAGUGUGUAUAAUGAAUCUGUUUUGAGUGUGUGUUUGUCUCCUAGCAGGCUAAAGAGAAGCGAGGGUGGACACUAAACAGUGCUGGCUACCUUUUGGGUCCCCGUAAGUGACUGUUAUGUAUUAAAUACAUGUACUCUUUCACACAACUGUCAAAACUCCACUAUCAUAAGUAGUUUUAACUUAACUAUAACUUACACACCUGCGCUGUCUCCAUUAUCAUGCUCUUCUCAUAUUUGUUUCCCCGUUAUACUUUUUCACAUUUCACCUGGCUGUGUAAUGUGGCAUGAUGUAUUCCAACAAACAAACUGUGUAGUUAUUGGACUUUUCAUUUGUUAUAUCCUUUUAAAUGACUAUAUUUUGAAAAGCAUAUUUGCACAGGAACACAUUUAUUCGCAAGGUUCAUGGAUUCUUGUCAACACAGAAUGAGGAUGUAUCCCAUAACACAGGUCCGUGUUGUAAGUUGAGGUAAAAUGCCAUCAUCACUGUGUUUCAGGUCAUAUUGAUCACCUAAUACAGAUAAAGGAUAAUCCAAGCGUAAGAGAAGAACUACUAAAUCAAUGUAAGAUAGCUCCUGCAGGACAUUGAAGUCAGCAGAGGAAUUGCUCUGUGACGUCUUGCUCUCUAUGUUUAUUAUUUGCUUAACUCUUUAUGCAACAACCAAGUGUUUAUCACAGCCAUGGCCACUUUAUGUUUGUUUUUCUACCUGUUUAGGAAUUAUUAAACCAUCAUACAGGGUAUUUUAAUCUCAGAGGCACUUUUAGAACAAAGUUGAUCAUUUCUAUAACUAUACUUGAUGGGUGAUGACCGUGGGUAAACGCAUCAAGGGCUUAAGGGUUAAUGUCAAAAUUCAAGGAUUAUACUUCAGAUAAUUAGUGCUCUGACAUGAUUAUUCAGUGCACUAUUACUAGCCCUCUUGACUCAAACCUCUAUUAAAGUUGUUGAUGGGGUGAGGUAUACUGUAAUUUCAACCAUUGUCUUUCCUGCCCCUCUUACUAUAUAUAUAUAUAUACAUACAUACGCAAUGUGCUCUCUGAGAUGGACAACGAAUUAAAUUACUAUUUUACCCUUCUUCUUUGCAUGCUUUGGGACCCUUCCUUAAUAUAUAUAUUUUUUAAAUUUCAGGUUCUGUUUCCAUCAAUGAAUAUGUGCCUUUCUUUCACGUAUUUCAUUGGUGAAUAUAUGUUUUCAAGCAAUUCCAUGACACAAGCCCUGCAGGUUGCUUUUCAGACUCUUGACAAAUAGAAGGAAAAACACACCAUCAUAAAUUACACGGGUGCCUUAUGCCGUCAUGUGAGCUUUAGGCAGGGUUGCAGUGUUUGUGCGUAGUGUGCAAUGAAGGGGAUGUCAUCUAGGAAAUGGGUAAAAAUCAGCUGUGCAAACUAUGUUUUUGUUUUGUUGUUCAGACGGCAUUGACGGUCACCGCACCCUCAGUGACAAGCAUGGCCUUGCUGGAAAGAGAGACAUGCCCCUGGACGAUGACUUCAAAUCAGGUGAGAAGCUAAAGCCUUGUAAAAUCUCUUAUAGCCUACAGUUUAUUGGCCUCUGAGAGGGUAAAUAAAAUAUGUUUAGAGUAGAUGAUGUACUGUACAGUAAGUCUGUUUUACUCAGUGUAGUCUCUACACCUCAUGAGGAUCUCUUCUUAUUUUGCAGGUGCUUUGAGAAUAGCAGAUAAGGAUGUAAUACAUACUGUCAUUGACUUCUUAUCAUACCUGAAACUUAAAGGUAAGUUCAUGGUGUCUGUUAUUCAUGUUUAUUACAACAAUUAAUUACAGCAAAAACACUGACUGCAUUCUCUUGAUUUCUAUUUUUUUCAUGAAUAAAAAUCAGGCGUUUUGACGUGUUCCAAAAAUAGUAAAAUAAUCAAGUUUUUCAUUUGGUCUGAUAAUGAUUGUAUUUAAUAUUUAUUUACAGAUUACAUUUAUAGUCAGAUUCCUGGCUAUAUGUAGCUAAAACAUUGUAACAGAACAAAUACUAGCAUAGUCCUAAUCAGUUAUAACCAUCUGACUGUGCUCACUCAAAUGUUUUGUCAUCUACCUUGCAGAAAUCGGGGCUCUGGAUACCAUACCUUCCUCUCUCACAUCAGAAGAGAUGGGUCAGCCCUAG